CUGGAAUAUAACAUGCAGCUGUGCCUCUGUGGGCUGAGUGACAGUGACCUCAAGGUGGCCCACGGAGAGCUGGCGGGCCUGCAGCUGCUGAUGGAAGAUGUUCUGAGCAGCUAUCACAUGACCAGAGAGGGGCCCCCAGGACAGCAGGCACCGGACAGAAACACACAGCCAGAUUGGUCCAAAGUGCCAGGAUUCAGAGGUCAGUUUCAAAGCAGCCCGAAGACCUCCAAACCGCUGGAGGGCCCACGUGAUGCAAUGAUGUCCCUUGCUUUGCUGAGAUCAUUUCUGAUACUGUGGAAGCAGCUGGAAGUCCUAAAGGAGCACUGGGGUCGACUCAAGCUGCACGGCCAGGACAUCAACUCUGCCUCUCUCUACAAACAGUUCUCGGAGCUUUACGAAACUGACAUUCUCUACCCCAGCAUGAAAGCUAUAGCUAGGCAAAUGGGGAAAGAAGAUGAAUUUGAAAGACUGAUCAUAAGUAGUCAGUCCGUUCUUCCCCCCAAAGGAGCUUCAGAAAUUGUAAUAAAAGCUCAGCAGCUUCAGAAGAUUCUGGAAAAUUUUGAAAUUCAUAUGAUCCAGGAGGUACUAAGAAAAGUUAACAGAGACAUCUCACUGGUUUUAUCAGAAAAGUCCGAGGAGGAGGGUUCUCUCCCUACAGAUCUGUGGAAACACCAAGUCAUGAAGGAAAACUUUUCAGUUGUAAGACCCCAAAUAGUUGAAAAAUUUGCACAGAGAUUAAUGGAGAAUUGCCAGGAUGGUGGACAAGAGGUCACUUUCAGGAAAGACCACCUUGAUGCCUGCCUCCUGUCCCUGGGUUGCGAUGUGAUGGCAAGAGAGCGCAGCAACUUUGAGACCUACUCCAUGAGCUACGAGCAAGUGCUGCAGCACGCCACAGUGACGCUCCGCAGGAAGGAGCAGGAAUUGGAAGCGAUGCGAAGAGGCCAGGAUCCACCCGAGGGCGACGCUGGCCAGAUUGCAGAGCUUAGUCACGAUAUGAUCAUGGAAAUCACCGCUCUGAGAGCCCAACUCACAGACUUGGAAGAGGAGAAUCUGAAUCUCAAGCAGCAGAUGAGAAAAGAAGUCCAAGAGGACUAUGAUGCAUUAGUUCAAGCUCUGUUCAGGACCUGUGUACACAUAAAAGAGAAGCUGGAUGAGAAUCAGCUUAAUUUGAUCCAGAAAGUGUGUGAACUCAUCAGUGAAGUGAAAACAGAAGGGAGUGACACUCUGAAGGACCUAAAGAAAAAGUGGGGCUCAGCCAGACCUGGAGCAGGAAUGCAACAAAACCCAGCCAAAGAGCAGCUGUGGGCCUUGGAGCAGGACAACUGCAGCCUGGCCGCCCUGGUGUGCAAAGUGAGGAGCCUGGGUCGCUGGAGGCUGGCCGUGCAGCAGGCGCACUUUCGGGCCCAGCUGAGCAGGGCGGAGGAGGAAUCUAUGCAAAGUAAAAAAGAGUGUUUGAGAAUCAAGCUGAUGGCAGAACAAGAAGCGGGUUUAUUUCGCCAGCAGUUGCUGGCUCUCAGGCGGGUCCUGGCCAGGGCCCAGGCGGACAAUGCGAGGCUGUGGAAGCAGCAGGAUGACCAGGCUCAACUGCGGAAGGAGUUAGAGCACAGAAUGGCCCAGGAGGCUCUCACCCAGCAGCAGCUGCUUGUCAUGAAAACAUCCAGCAUGGAGAAGCUCCUAGAAGAAGUUGGACAGAAAGAACAGCAACUGCAGCUCCUGGCUGAGGAGGCUGAGAGGGCCUCUAGACUGGGCCGGCUGCAGCAGGAGAAAAUGAAGAGGGAGCUCCACCAGAUGAGAAGCAGGCUUGCCCAGGAGCGCAGUGUGAAGCUGGGCGCUUUCCGCCGUGUGGAAGAGCUCCGGGGUCAGCUCAGUGAGGCCGCACCAUCUUCUGUCCAGAUGAGCUCACCAGGCGGUUUCCUACCCCAGGCUCUGUACUCCCAAAGUUCUGCUUCAACCUUGUCCAGAUACUCCCAGCAAUUCUGUUUAAAGACGACUCUCACAGGCAGUAAAAUAACAAGAAGGAUUCAAAGGCCGAAGACUGUACCUAUUAAAUACAAAAAAAGGAUUGAUGAUGUUUUCCUACCCAGUACGGCAGAAAAUGUUCAACUUACAGCUUUUCAAGUUCAGACUGCUCCAUCCAGAAUCCCAUUCAAACCUGAUUGGUAAUCCUAUCUUCUUAUUCCAAGUUUUAUUUCUAUGAGAAUUUUAUGAAUAAAAAUAACUUUAAA